AAAUGUAAUGUCCUUGUCUUUUGCAGCUCAUCACGCUGCCUGAAUGAAGGCUACUGCUCCAACCGUCGCUUCCAGAUGAAACAGCAUGCAGACUUUGAGGUCAUCCUGACUGAAGAUAAGGGCUGGGGACUGAGGGCGGCCAGGGACCUGAUAUCAAACACUUUUGUGCUGGAGUACUGCGGAGAGGUGUUGGACCACAAGGAGUUCAAGACGCGGGUGAAAAAAUACGCUAGCAUGAAGAACAUCCACUACUAUUUCAUGGCCUUGAAGAAUAACGAGAUCAUAGACGCCACACUGAAGGGGAACUGCUCUCGCUUCAUGAACCACAGCUGUGAGCCCAACUGUGAGACCCAGAAGUGGACUGUGAACGGCCAGCUGAGAGUUGGGUUCUUCACCUCCAGGACCGUCACAGCUGGUACAGAGCUUACCUUCGAUUACCAGUUCCAGAGAUAUGGGAAAGAGGCCCAGAAGUGCUUCUGCGGGGCUCCCAGCUGCCGAGGCUUCCUGGGCGGGGAGAACAGGGUCAGUGUAAGAGCAGCGGCAGGGAAGAUGAAGAAAGAGCGCCCUCGCAAGAAGGACACCUCCGUGAGCAAUGCACUCACUACGGUGGACGAGGAACUAGAGGCUCUGCUGGAGAACGGGGAGGGUUUGUACGAUGAGAAGGAGGUGGUGUCUCUCUGCAGGCUGAUGGUCAGAGUGGAGACCAUGGAGCAGAAACUCAUCUGCCUCAAACUUAUCCAAGAUACCCAGAGCCCAUCCUGUCUGAAGCAGUUCCUGGACCAUCACGGUCUGUCUCUACUGUGGAUCUUCAUGGUGGAGCUCUCUGAAGCCAAGGGCAACAGUGUCAACAACAUCAAACUGCAGUUUCAGAUCAUGAAGACCCUGUCAGUGCUGCCUAUCUCCACUAAGAACAUGUUGGAGGAGAGUCAUGUCCUGAGCCUCAUCCAGCGCUGGGCCCAAACGCAUACACACUCCCUCCCCCAGGCCCCCGGGGCCGAACAGGAUGGCUACUUCAGUGAGAACACGUCCCUCCCCCAGGCCCCCGGGGCCGAACAGGACGGCUACUCCAGUGAGAACACGCCCCUCCCCCAGCCCCCCGGGGCAGAACAGGACGGCUACUCCAGUGAGAACACGCCCCUGCCCCAGCCCCCCGGGGCCGAACAGGACGGCUACUCCAGUGAGAACACGCCCCUCCCCCAGCCCCCCGGGGCCGAACAGGACGGCUACUCCAGUGAGAACACGCCCCUCCCCCAGCCCCCCGGGGCCGAACAGGACGGCUACUCCAGUGAGAACAUGUCCCGCGCCCAGACCCCUCUCAACACUCCCGACGGCUUCUCUGCCUCCGUCGCCAAACUGGGCACUGAGUUGGACAGCGACACUCCCAAACGGGCCGUUUACCGUCGCCUCAAGAUCAGCGAGAACAGCCUGGACAGCGCCAUGUCGGACGCCAGCAAGGCCUCGGACGGUAAGGAGGAGGAUGAGGAGAUGGAGGACGAGGAGGUCUCACGAUCUGAGCCUCCAGUGGAGAGCAGCAAACAGUCCAAGACAGAGCUGGUGGUUGAGGCCCAGGCACAGACUCCCACAACGGAGGAGCCAACAGAAGGGCCAGUCACAGAGCUGGUGGUUGAGGCCCAGGCUCAGACUCCCACAACGGAGGAGCCGACAGAAGAGCCAGUCACAGAGCUGGUGGUUGAGGCCCAGGCUCAGACUCCCACAACGGAAGAGCCGACAGAAGAGCCAGUCACAGAGAUGGUGGUUGAGGCCCAGGCUCAGACUCCCACAACGGAGGAGCCGACAGAAGGGCCAGUCACAGAGCUGGUGGUUGAGGCCCAGGCUCAGACUCCCACAACGGAGGAGCCGACAGAAGAGCCAGUCACAGAGCUGGUGGUUCAGGCUCAGGCUCAGACUCCCACAACGGAGGAGCCGACAGAAGAGCCAGUCACAGAGCUGAAGGAAACACCAGAGGAGGUGGUGGAGACCAUGGAGAUCACAGAACCCGAAGCUGAGAGCCAGCUCUGUCUUAAAGAUCAGGAGGAGGUGAAUGAGAAGGGCGGUGACGAGGAGGUGAAAGACGAGUGGAGUGAGGGGCAGAAGGAGCAGCAGCAGGCAAGUCAGUCAGCGGAGGAGAGGGAGGUUGUGGCAGGAGAGCAGGACAACGUGGAGGUCCAGGAAUCAUCACAUAUUCAGCCAGUUCAGACGGAAGUUACUGAGACCCCUUCAGAGGAGCAGCCUGCUGAGGAGAAGGAAGAGGACACCACCACAGCAGAGACUGGGACUGAAGAUACAGAAAAGGCUCUAGGCAGCCAGGAACAUCCAGGCCAGGUGGCCCCUGAGGGUCCCCCGGAGGUGGCCCCUGGCACUGAGGACGCUGCCCAGGUAGUGACCCCUGCCUCGGAGGCCCCUCCACCUCCCUCUCCGGUGGUCCCCGUGGAGCCUGUGGCGGUGGGGACACCCUCGCAGGAUGAGGAGGAGGGUGUGUCUGAUGUAGAGAGCGAGAGGAGCCAGGAAGCCCUGCUCAGUGCUGUGGAUAUAGGAGACAUGGCUGCUAGGCUGCUGGACAGCUGGAAGGACCUGAAGGAGGUGUACAGGAUCCCCAAGAAGAGCCAGGUGGAGAAGGAGAUACACGAUCGUAGUCGAGACCGAGACGCUGCCCCGGCUCGCACCCCCUCCGGCAGCCGAGAACGGGAACGGGAACGUGAGAGGGAGCGGGACAAGGAGAGGGACAGGGAACGAGAUCGAGAGAGAGAACGGGACAGGGAGCGUGACCGGGAGCGUGACAGAGAAAGGGACAGGGAUUGGGAGAGAGACCGGGAUAGAGAGAGAGAUAGAGAGAGAGACUGGGACAGAGACUCUGAGAAGACACCCCGCAGCACAGAGAGACGGAGGAGACGUGCCUCCACCUCCCCACCGCCCUCAGCAUACGAGAGGAGCAGCAGGCGACAUGAGGACCGGUUUGACCUGGCUAACAGCAGUAAGAAGACCCGUUCCAUCACCAAGGAACGCACCAAGCUGUCCACAGAGGAGCGCAGGAAGCUGUUUGAACAGGAGGUGGCCCAGCGCGAGGUCCAGAAACAACAACAACAGUUACAACAACAACAUCAACAACAGUUACAACAACAUCAACAACAGUUACAACAACAUCAACAACAACAGCGGCAGCAGCAGCUCCAGACUCUAGCCUACGAUGCAGCCCUGACCUACACUACCAGCCCAGCUGGCUUCAUCCACUACCCCCCUGGCUACCCCCUCCAGACCUACGUGGACCCCGUCAACCCCAACGCAGGCAAGGUGCUGCUGCCAACCCCUCCCGUGGAGCCCCUGAUCCCAGCCACCCUGGUCUUGGAGCAGACCCCUCCCCAGGCUCUGAUCACCGAGCUGGGCAUGACCUCUCCCUCCUCUACCUCCCAGCCCCCUCCAGUCUCCAGCCUCUCCAGCAUCUCCCAACACAUCCACCAACCCACUAUUCCUCUGGAGCUCCACCACGGCACCGCCCAGCAGUAUGCCCAGCAGCCCAGCGGGGCAGGCCAGGACCCGGGGGUGUCGGCGGGCCAGGGGAGUUACACCACGCUGUGGGACCCUACCACCCAGCAGGCUGUGACAGUACAGACCCAGGUAGCACCACAGUACCAGGUUGUCCCAGCACCACCUCCCACCCAGACAGCCAUCUACUACCAGGGCCAGCCCUGUCAGACCAUCUACAGUAUCCCCACUGCCUAUCCACAGGCUAACACACCUGUCCUGCAGACCUAUGCUGAUCCGGCUGCCAACUACCUCCGUGGUCAGCCGGUGUACACGGGUCACCAGCAAGGAGUGGUGGUUCAGCAGGGGGGUACGGUCACUACCAUCGUCACCUCACAGACUGUCCAGCAGGAGAUGCCCAACACUCUGUUAGUCCCCAACAGUAUGAUAGACCUGCCCCCUCCCUCUCCUCCCAAACCCAAAACCAUCGUCCUGCCCCCCAGCUGGAAGGUAGCACGGGACGGAGAGGGAAAGAUCUACUAUUAUCACGUCAUCACCAGACAGACUCAGUGGGAUCCUCCAAGCAGCUGGGACGGGGCCAGUGAAGACUCUCACAGCUUAGACCACGAGGCUGAGAUGGACCUGGGGACGCCCACCUACGACGAGAACCCCUCCAAGUUCUCUACUAAGACAGCAGAGGCAGACACAUCCAGUGAACUGGCCAAGAGGAGCAAGGAGACGUUCCGGAAAGAGAUGUCCCAGUUCAUUGUGACCUGCUUGAAUCCCUUCCGGAAACCAGACUGCAAACUGGGACGCAUUGUCAACACUGAGGAUUUCAAACACCUUGCCAGAAAGCUAACUCACGGCGUCAUGAACAAGGAGCUGAAGUCCUGCAAGAACCCAGAGGACCUGGAGUGCAACGAAAACGUCAAGCACAAGACCAAGGAGUACAUCAAGAAAUACAUGCAGAAGUUUGGCAACAUCUACCGGCCCAAAGAGGACACUGAGCUGGACUAACACUGCGUCUGACUGGAGGAACACAACAGGGAUCAAGACUUGAAAAUAUGAUUAGGCUACAGUUGUUUGGGGCCCACAAACGGUGAAAGGAGACACACUGAAACCCAGAUUAAAGUCAAGUCAUGCUGGGAAACUGAACUGUGGAGGUGGGAUCGCUCCAGACACAUAUUUAUGAGGAGGACAUGUUUAUGUUGACUAAGACUGUGUCUUAAACUGAUGCCUUGAAGGCUUGCCGCCGGGCCCACUGACUAAUGGGAGGGGACUAGUGGGAGGGGGGUGAGAAUCAUGGCGAGGAGGGAGGUGUCUCCCAAGGGGCAGAGGCUCCAGGUGAAGUGUCCACAGAGAAGUGUGCGACACCUAGGCUGCGUCUCAACUAGCACCCUAUUCUCUGUGCCCUAUGUAGGGAAUAGGGUGCUGUUUGGCACUCAGACCCAGAGAGGGGUGCUACAUUAACCUAUAGUGUCACUAUCGUGUUAGCUUUCUACAUUUUUUUCUUACCUAACUAACAAUGUUUUCAAAUCUUAUUUACAUAUUCUCUCUAGAACUCUUCCUCCCCUGUCUGAAAAGGAUUCAUGAAAGAGUUGGACAUACCAUAAUUUUAAAUUGCUCUUCAAUGUUUUUCCACUGUUGGGAUGUUGCUGUAUGAAGUCCGGCAGUGGUAAUUAACUGGUCUAAAUGGAUCAGUGUAAAGAAAGAGAAAAUCUCCGUUUGUCCAUAUGACUGGCUUUCCUCUGGUGCGCCCGCACGCCACACCCCCCAAGCCAACCAUUGACUUGACUAGGGUAUCUGGUGCUGCUUUUGGCUGGGCUGUGAUAGUCCAAGCUUUCUACUCUCCAAGCCCUCCCUGCCUUCAGACCACAAUCCUCCGGAGCCUCUGUUAUAUGGAGGCUGGGUUCGGAUGGAGGCUGGGUUCGGAUGGAGGCUAGUUUCGGAUGGAGGCUGGGUUCGGUUCGGAUGGAGGCUGGGUUCGGUUCGGAUGGAGGCUCGGUUCGGUUCGGGUGGAGGCUGGGUUCGGUUCGGGUGGAGGCUGGGUUCGGUUCGGGUGGAGGCUGGGUUCGGUUCGGGUGGAGGCUGGGUUCGGUUCGGAUGGAGGCUGGGUUCGGUUCGGAUGGAGGCUGGAUUCGGUUCGGGUGGAGGCUGGAUUCGGUUCGGGUGGAGGCUGGGUUCGGUUCGGGUGGAGGCUGGGUUCGGUUCGGAUGGAGGCUGGGUUCGGAUGGAGGCUGGGUUCGGUUCUAUCGUUCUGACUGGUGUCCUUAUGGGAAUUCCUCCAUGACUGCUUACCAAAUAGCACCCUAUUUCCUAUAUAGAGCACUACUUUAGACCAGGGCCCAUAGGGGAAUCCCAGAGUGCACUACUUUAGACGAGAGCUCUAUAUAGGGAAUAGUGUUCGUUUGGGACAUAGUCCAUGUUCCAAUGCUCCCUCCCUGAGUAAAUAUUUUUAUUUUUUACAAAAAUGUAAGAAUGAACUUUAUUAUGGAGCUUGUUCUCUUCAGUCCGCCUACUCAGACAGACGGACGGACAGACGGACAGACUUCAAGAGGACUUAGUGGUGAAUAAGGAACAGCAGGGGACGGGGUUACUGAUCAAUGUUUUUGUCUUUAAUUAACUUGUACUAUGAAGUGAACAGGAUUUGGAUGCUAUCAGACACAUGAUGCGUAUGUGUCAGUCAGUCUGUCCCUCGUUCUGUUUCAACUACCCCCCCCCCCCUCCUCCACAAUGGGGUGUAGCGUUGUAAUUUUAACUCUAUUUCACAUUGUUUUACUAUUAUAAUUCCUUUAGACGGGCAUCACAGAGGCGCCUGUGCUGUCGUCUUGUUGCUACACAAGCUGUUUUACUCCUUAGUCUCCGGGGUAACAAGGUUUGUGUCCUGUCGUCAGGGUUACCGGUUCAUAGGCUUGGGGGUCGUUGAUCAUUUAGGUAACUCUCACACCACCAUUUAAAUUGCAUUAAAACCAUGUUCAAACACACACAUGUAUUAUAGUGCUUUAUAUGUGAAUAUAUUGAGAAAUAGUUUGAGAAUGUUUAGGUAAGCAGAGUCUUUGUAAAAGGAUGGACUGUUGGUCCGUGAUACACUUGGCUAUUGACAGGUUAUAAGUAUACCAAACACAGGUGAAUGAAGGGGGGGAGUGUUGAAGUGAGUUCCCCUGUCUGCUCCAGCAGCUCAACUCAACACCCCCUUCCUCUGUAAACUAAAGCCAGGAUUCCACCCAUUCACAGACUCUUGUUUGAAUAUUAUUUUGGUGGUGGGGGUUGCAGCAUUUUUCUGUUUUGUUUGUUUUGAGACAGAUUAUUAUUAUUUUUUUUGGUAUGUACAAAAUGAGUUUCACCCCAACUCUACUGUAAGUACUGUGCAAGCACAUUGUCAUACUGAGUGUACAAACAUUUUAAAAGAAAAAUAAAGUUUUUGUAAAAAUGUG